CACGCCGUCAGUCGCGGCCGCCGCUGUCAAUCACCGAGUCCCAGCCGGUGAUUACUCGCUGCCGCCCGGUGAAUGCUGAGCAGCAAUAAACAAUACAGAUCUCUCCCCUGUCAGCUCCUGCACCCUGCUUUGUAUGUCUCUGUAUAGCACAGCCAUACAAAGCAAAAACACAGCACAUGGUUAUAAACAGCACAACAGUUAACCCUUUGAUCGCCCCAGAUGUUAACCCUUCCUGCCCAGUGCCUUUAGCUACAGUGUCAGUGCUUUUUAUUAGCACUGAUCACUGUAUUGGUGUCACUGGGGAUGUCAGUGACACCAAGUCAGUUCCCCUCCCCCCAUUGUCAGAAUGUCCGCUGCAGUCCCGCUAUAAGUCGCUG